GCGCAGCGUUCCGUGUCUCUUCGCUCGCUCGCUCUCAGGGAGGAUCGAGGAGAGGGAGGCGACGGCUGUGGCAGCGGCUCAUUGCUCUCCCUGUCAUGGAGGAGCUGCGCUGGGAACGGGGCGCGGCGACGGCAGCAGUAGCAGCCACAACGCGGCCGACGUCACCACGAAGAGCAGCGGCGGCGGCGGCUCCGCUGUGAAGGGCGCCGAGAACGAAGAGGCUGCUGCUGCUGCUGCUGCUGCUGCUGCAGGAGGCGCGGGAAGGCUACUGAGCUCAGUGUUUGCCUUGAGAGGUCACCUGUUGAUAAAUUCAUGGUGUACAUAGAGAUAUUGCGUCCUCCGGGGAGAGUGGGCAGGGACUGGCCUCAACUUUGUGGUUCCUGUUAUUCUGCUACUUGUGAUUCUGAAGAACAGGUGAAGUUGAGAGGCAAAGACUAAAUGGAUCUAAAGACAGCAGUAUUUAAUGCAGCUCGCGAUGGCAAGCUGCGGCUCCUCACCAAAUUGCUGGCAAAUAAAAGUAAAGAAGAAGUGGCCUUGCUGAUGUCAGAAAAAACAAAUGGAGCCACGCCUCUUCUCAUGGCAGCUCGCUAUGGGCACCUGGACAUGGUGGAACAUCUGCUGGAGCACUGCAGCGCUUCAAUAGAAGUCGGUGGUUCUGUGAAUUUUGAUGGUGAGACUAUUGAGGGUGCACCACCAUUGUGGGCAGCAUCAGCUGCUGGUCAUUUAAAGGUGGUUCAGUCUCUAUUGAAUCAUGGUGCAUCUGUUAACAAUACAACUUUGACAAACUCAACACCUCUUAGAGCUGCCUGUUUUGAUGGCCACCUGGAAAUUGUGAAGUAUCUUGUGGAGCAUAAAGCUGAUUUGGAAGUAUCAAACCGCCAUGGGCAUACAUGCCUUAUGAUAUCCUGUUACAAAGGGCAUAAAGAAAUUGCUCAGUAUUUGCUUGAGAAAGGAGCUGAUGUAAACAGAAAAAGUGUCAAAGGAAACACAGCAUUGCAUGAUUGUGCAGAAUCUGGUAGUUUGGAAAUUAUGAAGAUGCUUCUCAAAUACUGUGCAAAGAUGGAAAAAGAUGGUUAUGGAAUGACUCCUCUUCUUUCAGCAAGUGUUACAGGCCACACAAACAUUGUUGACUUUCUGACUCAACAUGUGGAGACAAGUAAAGCAGAACGCAUCAAUGCACUGGAACUCCUAGGAGCCACAUUUGUGGACAAAAAGAGAGAUUUGCUUGGAGCUUUGAAAUACUGGAAAAGAGCCAUGGAUAUGAGGUACAGUGAUAGGACUAACAUCCUCAGCAAGCCUGUGCCUCCUGCGUUGAUAAUGGCUUAUGAUUAUGCCAAGGAAGUGAACAGUGCUGAAGAGUUGGAAAACCUAAUUGCAGACCCUGAUGAGAUGAGAAUGCAGGCAUUGUUAAUUAGAGAACGUAUUCUUGGUCCUUCUCACCCAGAUACGUCUUACUAUAUUCGUUACAGAGGUGCUGUCUAUGCAGACUCUGGCAACUUCAAACGAUGCAUCAAUCUGUGGAAGUAUGCUUUGGAUAUGCAGCAGAGCAAUUUGGACCCCCUGAGCCCUAUGACUGCAAGCAGUCUCUUGUCAUUUGCUGAACUCUUCUCCUUCAUGCUGCAAGACAGGGCAAAAGGCUUGUUGGGUACAACUGUUACAUUUGACGAUCUUAUGGGUAUACUGUGUAAAAGUGUUCUUGAAAUAGAACGUGCCAUCAAACAUACUCAGUGUCCACCUGACCAAAUACAACUCCACAAAGCCCUUUCCAUCAUCUUGCAUUUAGUUUGCUUGCUGGAAAAAGUUCCUUGUAGUUUGGAGCAAGAUCAUUUUAAGAAACAGACUAUAUAUCGAUUUCUUAAGCUACAUCCUAAGGGAAAGAAUAACUUUAGCCCACUCCACCUUGCUGUUGAUAAGAAUACCACAUGUGUUGGGCGCUAUCCAGUUUGUAAAUUUCCUUCUUUGCAAGUUACUGCUACUUUAGUGGAAUGUGGUGCUGAUGUAAAUGCUAGAGACUCAGAUGACAACAGCCCUUUACACAUAUCUGCACUGAACAACCAUCCUGAUAUCAUGAAUCUUCUUAUCAAAUCAGGUUCACAUUUUGAUGCAACAAACUUGCAUAAACAAACUGCUAUUGACUUGCUGGAUGAAAAGGAAAUGGCAAAGAACUUAAUCCAACCCAUCAACCAUACCACACUGCAGUGUCUUGCUGCCCGUGUAAUUGUGAAUCAUUGCAUAGGUUACCAAGGGCACAUCCCAGAAAAACUUGAGAACUUUGUUUUGCUCCAUAGAUGAUAGUAGGCUCUUCUUACUGUAGGAGCAUGUGUUAGGAACUUUAACUGUGGCUUUCUCAAGCACCGUUGUGAUAUGCGAGCGAUACACCAUCAUUCAUUCAGCUUGGUCCAUCCUGCUCUUUAGCGAAGGCAUCGUUAGACUCAGAUCUGCAGAAGAACUGGUUGCCUAGUAUUUAAAACAAACAUACCAUAUAAUAUAUUUUGUGGAUUAUUUAGAAAUGUAAUAUUAUAUUUGGACUCACUAAAAUUGUCUGCCAAAGGCUUGUCUACUCUGGUUUAGUUUGCCUGUUGGUUGUUUGGGACUGAACUGAAUAAUUUUUGUGGUAUUGUCUUAUUCUUACAGGUGUGCAGAUUUUGUAUAGCUGAGAAGUCAUCUUUUUGUUCUUGCUUGAGCAUUUCUACUUCUUUUUUUCUAAUUGGUUCAUUGCUGAACUAUACAAGUUGUAUGGACUUGUUAACAUUUGCAGUUACCAUAAGUGCUUUUAUCUUCUCUAUGCACUGGCUUGAACAUGACUGUUUGUGUGUUGGCAUAUUCCUAUGCAUCAGUUGGCUGUUUUUAGCUUUGAUACUGUUUUCUUGCAGUUUAUUAGAGCUCUCUCUCGUGCAAGAGCUCUCUCAAGAAUACAUUCUUUUCAGCAUGACAGUUUUUGAAGACUUCAGUCAGCUGUCCAGACUCUCAUUUGACUUUUCACCCUAGCUGUUUCUGCAGUUGCUUUCUAUUGAUUUUUUGAGAGUUGCGUGCUGAAUUUGGGAGUAAAAUGUGUUAUUGUUGGCAAAUUCACUUUAAAUUAAGUCUAAAAGUUAUUUUAAUAUGUCUUGCUGCAAGUAGGGAGAGGUAAUGAACUACCUUCUACCCCACUGCACUCUUGUCUUGCUUGAGCUGAUUGUGUGACUAGACAUAGAGAGGUUUUUUUCAAAUUUAACCUGAAACUUAAUCAUAUGACUCAGUGAGAAGAACUAGAUCAAACAUAGUCUGAAAUUACAACUCAAGAUUCUUAGCUACGAAAGAAACUAAAGCAUGUUGGCAUGAUGCUUGUCAGUCCAGAUCUAGCUAUCAGCUAGUAUAAUUAAUUAUAUGGUUGUAACCAGUACCCCUCUGCAAGGGCUUCAGAAGUUUAGUAGUAUCCCCUCUCCGUCAUUUUAAAAUAACUCUUACACAUAAUUUGCAUGCAUUUUAUUCUCUAAUACCUUUCAGCCAUAUUUAUGGAAACAUCAAGAGGCCAUGUAAAAUACAUAGCUUCCACUGAAAGCUAUCUAUUUUUAUAAUAACUUGCACAACAGCUUAGCUAUUGCAGCAGAAAGGGCUUUUUAGACAUGAUAAGGAAACCAUAAGUGAAGACUACAAAUGAGAUUAAGAUUCAGGUAACUAAUAUAAUUCAGCACUUUAUUGUUGACUCAUAAUGGAACUUACUAUGGCAUACUAGACCUGCAAAUGUCUUAAAAUAAAAUGGUUCUCAAGAAUUUUUUUUUUAAAAACUUCAUUUUUUUCUUGGAGUGGAAUACAAUUUAUGUGCCAGUAUAGUUUAUUAUAAGUUUUGAGUUGCCACUGACUUGAUAUCCUGUUUGGUUUAUUUAUCUAAAACCUUUUCAGUUUAGAAAUGCAAUGCAUAGAUGACUAUGAAUCUGUGACAGUUGAAAAUGCAGGAGAAAUUUGUAACCAAAUCAGUGCCUCAAGUCUGGUGGGACUGUGGUUCAAGGUUAUUUUUUAGAAUUGUAAAAUACCACUUACCACCUUCAGUUAAUUUAGUUUGUCCACUUUCUCACAGUUUACACUAGUAGUCACACCAUAGCGUUUUCAUUACUGCUAUCGCAUUGACUCAGAUCAGACAUAAUGUACUCCAUGGAUUAAAAUUAUAAAUUAUGAGAAUAAGCUGUUGAAAGUCUUGGGUUCAUGCUUUUUCUCUCCCUCUCCUCUUAAGUGAGAAGGAGUGAUUUCUUCAAAACUGGAAAUUAUAACUUUCAGUCUUUUCCCCUCACAUGGUAAGAAAAGAAGAUGGAAUAGAACAUGAAGCCAUCCAACACAGACUAUUGCUCAUUUUUAAGUCUAAAUCAUGCUUAAGCAUUACAUCUGAACAGGGUCAUUGCCUAUUGUGUGUUAGACAAAAAGUGGAGUGACUUCAUUACACCAAGAAAGAGAAGAAAGCAAAAAUGUGUAGUUUAUUAUAUAAUUUUCACAUCAAGUGUAAAAUACUUGCAAACUGUUUCAUAUCCAUAAGCAUACCUGGAUCACUUUUCUCAAAAGCAAAUUCACAGGUGUACACCAGGAGGUUUAUUUAAGCUGGCUACUCUUACAAUGGCUAAAACACCUACUAUUUAUAGACUGAAAGCAUGAAGAAUGUGCUGUUUUUUCCCCAUAUUAUUCUCUAGUGCUUACCUGUUUUGCAAGUAGUCAGUUCAGAUAGUAGAAGGGCAAAACCCAACCUACUUUAACCUAAAAAUAGGACAUGAGAGAAAAGGGAGACUGUAGAACACUGUGUCCUCUCAGAUAUUUUAUUUUACUUUGUUAGAAGUAUUGUGACACUGAAAAACUGCUGGAGAAAGGGGCACCUUAUAGAUCCUUUGAUGGCAUAUGUUUUUACAGUUAUACCUUCUGUUAAGUAAAAGGCUUAAGGAGAGAUCCAGUAAUUAGUUAUUACUCCCAAGUAGAGUAGACUCACUGAGUAAAAUUGUAAGUUCUACAAAUUCAUGGGUCUGCACUAGUUACUACUGAUAGUUGAAUUUAGACCUUGGUAUUCUGUGAAAACCAUGAGCACAGUUAAUUGCUCCUUACAUACCAUGGUUUCUCCAUUCUAACCAGCAGUACUUGGGCUUCAAAACUUUUUUUAAAAAAAUUAUGUUAAUUACCUUUCAGACUUGAACAUUUCCAAAUUCAGAAGGAAAGGUUUGGUUCUCUUGUACUCCUUGUUUUCACAUUAAAACCUUGAAGGUAUUUUCAGUGACCACUUCUGCUUCUCUCUUCUUCUUAGAUUCCUUUUAAAACACUCUGAGCACACCCUCUUUCUUUCAUCUGCUGUUGUGCUUUAUCUGGGAAUCUGGCAUAUCUCUCAGAUAAAUGGUACCUGUUGAGUUGGGGGGGACACAAAUGUGUAUCAUAUUUCACACUGACUCUUGACUAAAUUGCUUCAAUACAUCAUUUUAUCUCUGUUCCAUUUGUAUAGGAAUGUUUGCUAUUUUUGGCAGCAGUAGAAAAAUGUCUGACUGUGGUGAGUUCUCAAAAUAGUGACCUGCGUACCUGUGGCCUUAUUUGGUAUUAACUGAACAUAGUGUGCGUUGACAGUGUACGUUUAGUUUAUAUUGUUUGAGAACAACAAAUCUGGGGGUAGAACUUGAAUAUUUUGAAAUGCACCACAUUGCCAGCCUUCUUUCAGCAAGAUAGUGGUUUUUUUGGCUCUAGUGGUUUCUGUGUACAUUCAAAGCUGAAUCUGACAGCUAGAACAGAACUCUAGUGGCCAGUUCUCUCAACACACGGUGCACAGAAUUUGAAAUGUUGAGGCUCUCUUGUCACCCAAACAGAUUGUCCUUUGAAGCAUACAGAAUCACUCUUGCAUUCCUUUAGUUUCAAGAAAAUGUGAACACGGAAUCUGAAAGAUUUUAUGCAGAAGGCCAGAAUUCCUGACAAAGGAAAAUGCUGAUGAUAUUAUAAAAAGCAAAGCGGGAACUGUAGAUUUUAUAAUCUAAUAGCAGGGCUGUAAAAAUGCUACACAUCUCUGAAAACAAACAUGCAUUUGUUGGAAACAUGUCUCAGAUGUUUACAAAUUAGUCAUAGUGAAGCCUGACUAGCUAUUUCACAGCCUUACCACUGACAUCCCUUCUCUUUUCUACAUCUGACUGGCAAUGGUGUAUCAUCCCUGUUUCUAAAAGACUAUAGAAUUAAAACACACUUAAAAGAUAACUACAGGGUGUCUGAUCUUCUAGAGCCCCCAAAGAACUAUUCUUGUGGAAUUAUAAAUUUAAAAAUUGCAAAUAUGUGAUGUGUCUGUUAUAGGAGAGAGUCUAUUAUAGAGAACUGAUACACUGGUUGAAUGUGAUCCUGGAAAGCAGCACAGAACCCGGCCACUGACAAUGCAGGCUUCUAACAGCUACUUUGGUAAAUUGGCUGGAUGUUGUUUUUUGUUUCCAGAUUAUAACUACAAUACCUUACCAAAGAUGCCUAACAAGUAUUUUGUUAUUUUUUUCCUCCCUAUUAAUUAUGAUUUAAUACCAAAAAUGUAAAGAACAAUAUGAAGGAUCUUAUUAUUUUAGUUCCUUAUUAUUCAUGAUUGAGUAAGGCUUUGGAUUUGCAAGGUUAACUUGUUAGACUUAAAAUGUUCAUAUGUAUAACUAAAACACUCAGGGAUUUAUGUAUGUGCACUACAAUAUUUAGAUUUGCACUAAGAAAAGGCAAAUUUUGCAAAGUGAAUAAAUGUAAUAAUUCUG